AUGUAUUUACCACAGAGGAGGCGGCUACAACGGAACCGAAUCUUUUUCUUGCUUGCCAUGUUAUUGGUCUUCUCUCUUUAUCAGCUCCAGCUCAGCCCCUCUGCCCUUGCAGCAUCACACCCCAUGGACCUUGUCAAAGGGACCUUCAGGGACCUCUCCAGCACCAAGACUGCCAAAACAGGCAAUGUCACAGCAGCUCCCACAAUAAAGCACUGUAUCUACGUGGAUCCUGAGCCAACUGUGCCCAUCACUACAUCAGUGGAUAAAACACCACAACCAGAAAACAUCAGUGAAAGCAACCCAGAUGAAAAGCCACCAUAUGAGUCCAAAGGAGAAUACCCCCAGGACCUGUUCAGUGUGGAAGAACGCAGGCAAGGGUGGGUUCUGCUUCACAUCUUUGGCAUGAUGUAUGUAUUUGUGGCCUUGGCCAUAGUGUGUGAUGAGUAUUUUGUCCCUGCAUUGGGAGUGAUCACAGAGAAGUUGCAGAUCUCUGAAGAUGUGGCUGGAGCCACCUUCAUGGCAGCAGGUGGAUCAGCACCAGAACUCUUCACCUCCCUCAUAGGUGUCUUCAUCUCACACAGCAAUGUGGGCAUCGGUACCAUUGUGGGCUCAGCAGUGUUUAAUAUCCUCUUUGUCAUUGGCACUUGUGCCCUCUUCUCAAGGGAGAUACUCCACCUGACAUGGUGGCCCUUAUUUAGAGACAUCUCAUUCUACAUUGUAGACUUACUGAUGCUCAUCCUGUUUUUCCUAGACAGUGUCAUUGAUUGGUGGGAAAGCCUCCUUUUACUGACUGCCUAUGCCACAUACGUACUCACCAUGAAGCAGAACGUGUACCUAGAACAAUGGGUGAAGCAAAAGCUGAACAAGAAGCAAAAUGCUGUGCAGGCAGCAUCAGCAGAGCAUAUGCAGAAGCCUACAUCAGCCCUAGAGCGAGGCAGCAGCUCAGCCUCCCUGCACAACUCUCAAAUGCGCAGCACUGUCUUCCAGCUCAUGAUCCACACCCUGGACCCCCUGGCAGAAGCAAAAUUCAAAGACAGGGUUGACGUGCUGAGCAGCAUAGCCAAGACCAAAGCCGAGAUGCCGGCUGGACAAGGGUCAAAACCAGAAGCAGAAGAGGAAAAGAAGGCACCAAGUACUAUUCAGGUAACUCUUGCCAGUGGCCCUGAACCCAGCAGACAGAAGGCAGAUGCACCACAGGAUGGCCAGGCCUCUUCAGACAGCAAUACCUCAGAAGAGAGCAGCUCUGAGAGCGAGGAAGACAGUGAUGAUGACAGCACAGAAGACAACGGAAAGGAUGAGCCCUUAUCUCUUGAAUGGCCAGAAACGAGGAAAAAACAAGCCAUUUACCUUUUCCUCUUUCCCAUUGUCUUCCCUCUCUGGAGCACUCUGCCUGACAUUAGAAACCCAGACUCCAAAAAAUUCUUUGUCAUCACGUUUUUUGGCUCCAUCAUCUGGAUUGCUGCGUUCUCUUACCUCAUGGUGUGGUGGGCUCACCAGGUUGGUGAAACAAUUGGGAUAUCAGAGGAGAUUAUGGGGUUAACCAUACUGGCAGCAGGAACAUCCAUCCCUGACCUCAUCACCAGUGUCAUUGUUGCACGGAAAGGCCUGGGUGACAUGGCUGUCUCCAGUUCUGUAGGCAGCAAUAUCUUUGACAUCACUGUUGGUUUGCCAGUUCCUUGGUUUCUUUAUUCAGUCUUCAAUGGACUCAGUUCAGUUGCAGUCAGUAGCAAUGGUUUGUUUUGUGCAAUUGUUCUCCUUUUCCUCAUGCUCCUCUUUGUGAUUAUCUCAAUUGCUGUAUGCAAAUGGAAAAUGAACAAACUGCUGGGGCUCACUAUGUUUGCUCUCUACUUUGUGUUUUUGAUCAUCAGUGUGAUGUUAGAAGACAAGAUAAUAUCCUGCCCAGUAUCUGUAUGA